UUUAUCUUGAAUCUACAAUAAAUAACAGCGAAGAAGAAAAACCAACCAAUAGUUCGAUUUCUAAUCACGAUUUAGAACAAGCACAUUUGGCAUCAAAAAAAUAUGAGGAUAAAUGCCUUAAUAUCAAUGAAUUAACAUAUACUAAUAAUAUGUUUACUUAUAUUAUGAAAGAUUUUUGCAUGGAAGAUGCUGAUUUAAUCACAAUAUGCAUUGGAAAUUUCGAGAAUGUGUUACUUGGCAUUGAUAAAUCUAAAAGAGGUCAUAAGAUCGAUGCGGCAAUUGGAAUAUGUUUAAUGAACGAACAUCUUAUCCAAUUUCUAAUAGUAGAAUCCAAAAAACCAGGCACAGAUCCUA